CGCUUGCCAAUCAACCCCUCUUCCUCGGGCUGGUGAAUAAUAUUCCUUACGAUCCAUCGGUUUGCUUUUUCUGUUUUCUAGAAGACCUGCAGGGUCAUGGAUUGGCCGGUCGCACCUACUUCCGCCACUUAGCGUUUACCCCAGGUCAAGACCGGACUGGAGCGGGACCCAUAACCAAUCUAACAAUCUAUCUGUCGUCAAUUCUCAGCAAGCGAGAACAAUCGCAUUCCCAGUCUUGGUACGCCGACUGUUAAAAAGGCCGAUCUUUCUCCUCCCCUCUCUCCACCAGCCCUGCUACUAUUGAUGGCCCGCGCGUAAUUCCCUCGUCCCUCCCUCAAUUGUCUUUCCAACGCAACCAAUUUCCCUAUUCAUCGAUUGACCAGAUUGACCAACUACGGCGCACCAUCCAAGGCCAUGACUAGAACCACCGACGAGAUCAAGUAUGAGGCUUCCUCAUGGGAGCACAAAGGUGUCACCGUGGCAGACGAUGGCCGGAGAUUAGCGUCAAAUCCCGAUGCUUCCCGUUCCAAAGGACGCAUACGACGAUCGAUGACGGCUUGCCAUACUUGUCGCAAGCUUAAAACCAGAUGCGAUUUAGAUCCGCGCGGCCAUGCAUGCCGCCGCUGUCUAUCCUUAAGGAUCGACUGCAAAUUACCGGAGACGACCGAUCGUUUUCAAGAUAAUGCCUCAAUGUGGUCGGAUGCGACGUCCGCGAUUCCUUCGAUUGAGGAGCGCUUGAACUCGCUCGAAAGAAGCAUGAGAGAGAUGACAAGUAUGAUGCGCCAAAUGCUGGAUCAAUCGCCAGUAACCCCCACUGGCAUUCCCCCAUGUUGGACCAGAGCUACCAAUGUCGAUGAUGGCACGUCGUCGGAAGGCAGCCCAUCUUCUCCUUUUUUGCCCAAGCCUGUCCGGCUCAUCCAGGACCUACAAUCGGAAUUCUUUGGCGAGACCGAAAACUCGUCGUACAUGAGCGAGGGCAUCGCAAAGGGUGGCUUAGACUCUAAACUAUCACUCAAAUUGUUGCAAAUAUUCGUGGACAAUUUCGGCCCUUAUGUCUCCAUAUAUAAUCUCUCGGAUAUACAGAACGAGGCGCGGAAUCCUGAUUCCUUGCUAUAUAAUACUGCUUGUCUUCUGGCAUCCCGCUAUGUUCCCGGCGUUCCCACAUCUGUGGUACAUACGAUAUACCUCCAAGUGCGACAUGCGGUGGUAAAUCUUCUGUGGGAUAAGCCGCCACUUCGCUAUGAGUCUCUCCAAGCUCUUGCGCUGCUUUGCCUCUGGCCUGCGACUGUACAAAAGGAGCCCCCAAUGGACAGCUGGCUGUUGAGUGGGGUUUCAAUCAACCAUGCCAUCAUCUCCUUUGAUUGUCUCAACUAUGGGCCUACGGAGACCAUGAUCGAUAACGAGACCGCAGCACAGCUGCGGCUCUGGAAUACUUACUGCUUGACGCAGCUUCAUUUUGCGGUCGGCAACGCUCGACCUUUUCACAUUCAGCCACGCUAUCUUGAUCAUUGCCCACGGAUUUUGGAGCACCCAGGUGCAACUCUUGAUGACGCCAAGGUAGUGGCAGAGAUACAGCUAUACCUCAUAACACUACGUCUCCAGAGCAAUGGCGGCCGAAUGCGAGUCGCCGAUACCAAAUUCGAGGAGAUCGAGCGGUGGAGGGCCGAGUGGGCCCAUCUCUUCGGAACUAACGAGAUAGCGAACGCAGCUGGCGAACAGUUCACCCUCGAGCUAAGCCUCUGGUUUUGUCAGAUCCUUCUUUACCGCACCUCCAUGCGGUUCAGCCCGGGCUCUGACACUCUCGCCUCCGAGGUCCUGCAAACCUCCCGCCUGAUGUUGUCGAAGUUUCUUCAGAUCCGAUAUUCUUCCGCGCUCAGCCUCGUCGACCAGGCGUAUUUCAUGGUCGGCUAUGCCGCCCUCAAUCUCUGUGAUUUCAACCUCAUGGACCCGCUCAUCGAGCAGGUACAGAUGUUCCUGCUCCAUCUGUCCCCCAACGAGGAUCACAUCGCCUAUCGCUUCUCCUGCAUGAUUGUCGAGUUCAAGCGGCGAUGCGCCGAGGGCAGCGAUCCAGCCACCACAGCCGCGGCGGCCGCGGUAGCAGCGGCGACUGCCGCCAAGGCCUCCUCUCCGCUGUCAUCCUUCGGGGAAACGCGGAAGAUGAGCAUGGAGCAGACGGCAUCUUUCCUACCACCCAUGGUAGAUAAUAUGAUCGAUGGCUACGGAUUCGAGCAAUUGAUGCCGGAAGUCCUCCCACAAUCAUUUCCCGACGGGAUGCUCAAUGAGAUGGCUGUCGCCUCCGGGAUCCCAGGGUAUCGGUCGGCAACGCUAUGAAACCAUCAGCCAGCCAGCCCAGCCCAGCCAGUAGUCUACUCCGCAAAGAGGGGGAGGGCGAUAGGUCACGGACUAGACUUUAUCCCCCAACCUGGCAGUCUCCUCCCUCGAAUUGAUAAUGGCACUCAUGAUGACGUACGAUGAACAGAAACAAUCCGUUCUUUUAGGUAAAAAAUUGCACGGGAAAAAAAAUCAAAUAUCUCCGAGAAAUUUAAUAUGUACAGUAC